ACUAUAUAUGGAAUAUGGUUGAGGGCUUAUGCACGCUACUUUGCGCCACCAGGGCCUUUCUGCUGAAUUCCCUUAAAUUUCUCACCCCAGGCCGAACGAAAUCUUCAUCUGCCUCUCUCUGUCUCGCAGCCAUAUCUCUCUGUAAUUUUGGACUGAAUUUGGACUAGUUUUUAAUUCAAUCGAAAGAAUGGAAGGGGGAAAUAACAACAACAAUAACCAGGAUAAAGGGUUAUUCUCUAAUCUUGCUGCAUAUGCCGCUGGAGGUGGGCUUUAUCGUCCACCUUAUGGAGCUUACCCCCCAUCCUAUCCUCCUCCACCUGGCUAUGCUCCAGGAGGGUAUCCUCCUCAGGGCUACCCACCCAGUUAUCCUCCAGCUGGUUAUCCUCCACCAAGCUACCCACCAGCUGGCUAUCCUCCUCCUCCGGCUGGUUACCCAGGGGCACCACAUGUGCCAUCACCGUAUCCUCCCCAUCAUGGGUACCCUCCAUCUGGCUAUCCAGGUCCAUCUCAUUCAGGUCCAGGAAUUGGAGCACUUGUAGCUGGAGGUGCAGCUGCAGCAGCCGCUGCAUACGGGGCUCACCACUUAACACAUGGUGGAUAUCAUCAUGGUAUGUUCCAUCAUGGCAAGUUCAAACACGGGAAGUUUGGGAAACGCUGGAAGCACGGCAUGUUUGGAAAGCACAAGUUCAAGAGAUGGAAGUGGUGAUGCAACAGAAUCAGGUUUGGUUUCUUUUAAAAGCAUCCUCUGUUAUUACACACUCGUAUUAUUACGAUGUCUUUAGUUUGAUGAAUCAUGAGGAAAUAUAUAGGAAAGUAUGGUCUUGUAUGGCCCCCUAAACUCGUAUUCUUAUUAUAGUUUCCAAACUUGGUUUUGUAAAUAUGAUUCUUGAUUGUUCCUUUAUUUAUGUAAUGAGACAACUUUUGUGUGUUA